AAUUUACUUUAUCUUUUAAAUCGAAAAUUCGUUAAUAAAAUGUCUGGUCGUCGUGGAAACUUGAUAGAAGGAAAAGUUUAUGUGGGAGGCCUGCCUGAAGAUGCUACAUCUGAAGAGUUGGAUGAUGCUUUCCACAAAUUUGGUCGAAUCCGCAAAAUUUGGGUAGCUCGUCGUCCACCAGGCUUUGCUUUUGUAGAAUUCGAUGACGGUCGAGAUGCUGAGGAUGCAGUACACGCAUUGGAUGGAUCACGACUCUGCGGCGUUAAAGUUCGUGUAGAACUUGCGGUUGGUGGACGAGGAGGUGGAGGACGUGGUGGCCGCGGGGGUGGUGGUGGAGGAGGCUUCCGUAAUAAUGAUUACCGUGGUGGUGGUGGAGGAGGCGGCGGCGGGAGUCGAUACCGUGAUCGAUCUUAUGAUCGUCGUGAGCGUUCAAGAUCUCGUUCUCCAUAUGAACGUCGUGGUGGAGGAGGUGGUGGUGGUGGUGGUGGACGUUCGCAUUCGCGAUCUCGUUCCCGCUCACGUUAAUUUGGCUGUUUAUGGAUGAUGGUUUGCGAUUUUUGAAGUUUGGACACAUUUGGCUGUUUGUGAGAAAAGAAAUACGUGAGGG